GCGGCGCGGCUCCGGGCAUGAAGCUGGGCCGGGCCGUGCUGGCCCUGCUGCUGGUGCCGUGCGCCGUGCGGGCGGUGGAGCCCAUCAGCCUGAGCCUGGCCCUGGCCGGCGUGCUCACCGGCUACAUCUCGUACCCGCGCCUCUACUGCCUGUUCGCCGAGUGCUGCGGCCAGAGGAGGAGCCUCAGCCGGGAGGCGCUGCAGAAGGAUCUGGACAACAAGCUCUUCGGACAGCAUCUUGCAAAGAAAGUCAUCUUAAACGCUGUGUCUGGUUUCCUAAGCAACCCGAAGCCCAAGAAACCCCUUACUCUCUCCCUGCAUGGCUGGACCGGCACGGGCAAAAACUUCGUCAGCAAGAUCAUCGCCGAGAAUAUUUACGAGGGUGGGCUCAACAGUGACUUUGUGCACCUGUUUGUGGCCACGCUGCACUUCCCCCACGCCUCCAACAUCACCCUGUACAAGGAUCAGUUACAGAUGUGGAUUAGGGGCAACGUGAGUGCCUGCGCGAGGUCCAUCUUUAUCUUUGACGAGAUGGACAAGAUGCAUGCUGGCCUCAUCGAUGCCAUCAAGCCUUUCCUAGACUAUUACGAUGUGGUAGACGAGGUCUCCUACCAGAAAGCCAUCUUCAUAUUCCUCAGCAAUGCUGGGGCAGAACGGAUCACAGACGUGGCUCUGGACUUCUGGAGACGUGGGAAGCAGAGGGAAGAGAUCAAGCUCAAAGACAUGGAGCCCGCCUUGGCUGUGUCAGUCUUCAACAACAAGAACAGUGGCUUCUGGCACAGCAGCCUCAUUGACCGAAACCUCAUUGAUUACUUCGUCCCCUUCCUGCCCCUGGAGUACAAGCACCUCAAAAUGUGCAUCCGAGUGGAGAUGCAGUCCCGAGGCUACGAGGUGGAUGAGGACAUCAUAAGCAAAGUGGCCGAGGAGAUGACAUUUUUCCCCAAGGAUGAGCGGGUCUUCUCUGACAAGGGCUGCAAAACUGUGUUCACCAAGCUAGACUAUUACUUGGAUGACUGAAAACCCUCAACUCCCACCGCCAGACAUCCAACGCCCGGCCCGGCCCCACCCCUCUACCAGGAAGAGGGCUCCUGCCCAGGUGCCAGGAACCACUCUGGGCACCUGGGAGCGUGUAGGCAGCCGUGCUGAAGGAACACAUGGACACAGACAUGAAGCUUUGGGAGGAGGAGGUGACCAGCUCCCAGCCCACCCAUUCUGGGCUUGUGAUUUUUUUAAAAAUUAUGUCUUAAUUUCAAGUGUUUCUGUUUCACAGAAGGAUGGAUGUGUUUUAUUGGAAAUGUGAUAACUAUUUAAAAUGGUUUUUAACACAAA